AUGGCAGACAAAGCAGGUCAGUUCGAAAAUCUUUCCGAUGAACUACUCCUAGAAAUCUUUCAAUAUCUGCACGCUUUGGACCUUUUCACAGCAUUUUCUUCUCUCAAUAAUCAUUUUACGUCGAUUUUAUCAUCAGUGAAACUUCACGUUGUUAUUAAUGAUCUUCAUUCUCAUCAUCACGUUCAAUUUCUCUCUUCAUUUCUUCAUCAACAUGCUCAUCAAGUAAUUUCGAUUUCCCUUCAUGAUCAACUUCAUAAUAUGUCGUCAGUUAUACAUUUUCUUUUCAAUCAACAUUCUUUCGAAAAUCUGCGCCAUUGUACAUUCAGUUCAAUUUCAUCGACAACAGAACUUAUUACACUCGUUGAUCAACUGAAAUUAUGUACUAAACUGAUCUCAUUUAAAAUAUUUCAACCAUUUGAUUUGCCGCUAUCUUCUGACAUUAAAAAACAGUUAAUAUCCAUUGCUUUACAACACGUUCCUCCAAAAUUUCAGUCAGUUGAUUUGUCCUUUUGGUGCUAUGCUGCACAUUUCCUUGUGAAUAAUUCAAUCAAUUCAACAUUAACAAGACUCCAUGUCCUACUCACAGGAUCUAUUGCUGUCUGCUCGAUCUAUAGUGUUCUUUAUAUACUACGUAUGUACUACGCAUUACGAGUAUUUUACAUUGACAUAAAAGAUGACGAGCAUGCAAGUGAUCAACAACUUAUAAGACCAAGAUUACUGACCUCGUUUGUUACACAUCCGCCAAUAGUGUUAUCACUGACGUCGUUUUACUUGCAUAUAAUAUCAUUUUGUGAUUUGGAAUCGUUACGUGUUGUUUUACGUUGCAUGCCAAAUCUUCGUCAAUUGGUUCUUACUAUUGUUCCUACACCAUCAAUUCUACCCAGAUAUGCAGAUAUAUUCAAAGGUGAUGAAUGGGAAAAAUUAUUAACAUCGCUUUUUUCGCAACUGAAUCUGUUUGACUUGCUUGUAAGUGUUGAAUAUCCGACUCUUCCGCUUGAUCCAGCAGUUAUUGUCAAUUCUUUUGACUGUUUCACUAAGAAAUAUGAUGAUUGGCAGUUGCUUUCCCGAGAUACAAACAAAUUAAUCGAACGAUUUCCAUCGCUUGUUCAUUUGGAAUUUCAAUUGAGCUUUGGCAAAGAAUUGCCACCACUUCUCGAUAUUUUCCUCGGUGGUCUGCCUGACCUAGUUCACAUAAGGGUGCAUUUCGAUCUGAUACGACUAGUUCAAAAUGAAAAACAUUGUAUUGAUUACAUCGCCAAAAAACGUCGCACAGCAUUUCCGUGGAUUGCCUGCAAUGCAGAGGAUAUUUCUGUUAGAAUUGUCAGAAAAACUGUGAAUAUCUAUUUGAAAGGUUGUUCAAUGUGUACAAACAACGCAAAUCAUUGCUAG